GGGAGAGAGGAGCAGAGGGAGGGAGUGGGGGAGAGAGAGAGCAAUGUGCCUUUCACAGAGCUCGGAGCUUGAUGGGAAUGUUUGAUUAGCUCCUCUCUGAAAGAAAAAAGGUGUUCAGGCCUCCCUCUGCUGCCUGCCUCUCCUUCUCUAGAAUAAUGUUGGCUGGAGUUUGGGGUACAGAAAAGCUUGGAAAAAAACCCACUUUCAUACUGUGUGGAGAAAAGGAAUAAAAAGUUGCACAGCUCAAGCAAGUGCUCCUUAGCAACACAUCCAGAUUUUACUUUACCCACCAUGAAGGCCACAGUUGUUGCAACCUUCUUUGGUGUGUUUCUUACAUGUACGUACACAGCCAAGGAAGCCACAAAAAAGACAAAAAAGGUUAAGCUAUGUAAGUGGUCUCAGUGGAAUUUUUGGCUGUUUUACAGCAGACAUGUCCAGUGCAUAAGAAAGGUGCAAAAUUUUGCACUCACAGAUGUACCCCAGAUUGAUUGUGAUGUCAAGGCGGGGAAGAUAAUCAAUCCAGAAUUCAUUGCAAAAUGCCCUCCUGGAUGUCAAGAUGUAAAAUACCGUGUUUAUGGCACAGACAUUUAUGCUUCUUUCUCCAGUGUCUGCAAUGCUGCAAUUCACAGCGGUAUAAUUGACAAUACAGGUGGGAAGGUUCUCAUCCAGAAAGUCGCCGGGCACUCUGGUUACCGUGGGAGCUUCUCCAAUGGUGUCCGGUCCCUGUCACUGCCACGCUGGCGGGAGUCCUUCCUCGUGUCAGAGGGCAAACCAAGAAAAGGUGUGACUUAUCCAUCAAAUCUUGAAUAUACUUCUUCAAAAAGCACAGCUGUUAAAUCAGAGUCUAAAAAAACAGAGCAAGACGUAAAAGGUAUGAAGAGUGCAGACACUGCUAACACAUCAGGAAAAGCAUCACAUGAAGGGGAUGCAGUCCACAAGGAGUAUCAGACAACUGCUGUGCUGACCCCCACCACACAAAUGGCCACCACAACCCCCACACCGACGACCACAACCACAGAUCCUUCCACCACAGUGCCACAGCCAACCACAACAGCUGCAGCAACCAGAACCACAUCAGCUCCAGCCAAGCCUAGACCUGGACUGCAAAGGGUCAGAGAUAUGGGUUCUAGCAGUGUCCACCCAGCAUAUGCGUCUGUGGUAGCUGCAGCAGCAAGUGCUCAGCGCCAAGAGCCCGUUGUCACCUUCCAGAGGGCUGCCAGCUUUCCAGUCCACCUGGCAAUGGAAAUAGACUCAUGGAAACCUGGACUGAGCAUUUUUGACACAGGCUUCAGUUCAAAGGAAGAAUUUAAUCCAAAGCCGUUGGAAUCCAUCUCCCAGGGGAACCAGAAUUGCAAGAUUGAUUUGUCCUUCUUAAUGGAUGGGAGCUGGAGCAUUGGCAAACGCCGCUUUCAGCUCCAGAAGCGGUUCCUUGGUAACGUGGCUCAAGCCCUUGGCAUCGGCAGUGCUGGUCCUCUGAUGGGCAUUGUUCAGUAUGGUGAUGACCCUUCCACAGAAUUUAACUUAAAAACUUAUGUCAGCUCCAAAGAUCUAAGGAAUGCCAUUGAGAAAAUUCAACAGAAAGGGGGACUUUCCAAUGUUGGGAAGGCACUUUCAUUUGUUAACAAAAGCUUCUUUCUGGAUGCUAAUGGGAACCGAGGUGGAGCACCCAAUGUGGUUGUAGUGCUGGUGGAUGGGUGGCCGACCGACAGAGUGGAAGAGGCCUCCAGGCUGGCCAGAGAAUCAGGGAUCAACAUUUUCUUUGUCACUGUUGAAGCAGCUGCUCAAAGUGAAAAGCAGAAUGUUAUUGAACCAAAUUUUGUGGACAAGGCAGUGUGCAGGACAAGCGGUUUCUAUUCCAUCAACGUGCCCAGCUGGUUCAGCCUCCACAAGGUGGUGCAGCCCCUGGUGAAGCGGGUGUGCGACACCGACCGGCUGGCUUGCAGCAAGACGUGCCUUAACGCCGCCGACAUCGGCUUCGUGAUCGAUGGCUCCAGCAGCGUCGGCACCGGCAACUUCCGCACUGUUCUCCAGUUUGUGGCCAACAUCAGCAAGGAGUUCGAGAUUUCGGACACCGACACACGCAUCGGAGCUGUGCAGUACACCUAUGAGCAGAGGCUGGAGUUCAGCUUUGACAAGUACAGCACGAAGCAGGACGUGCUGAACGCUAUCAAAAGGAUCAGUUACUGGAGUGGGGGCACCAGCACGGGAGCAGCCAUCAGCUACGCCUCAGAGCAGCUGUUCAGCAACUCCAAACCAAACAAAAGGAAGAUCAUGAUCCUCAUCACGGAUGGCCGGUCUUACGAUGAUGUCAGCGUGCCAGCCAUGGCAGCUCACCAAAAUGGAGUCAUCGCUUAUUCCAUUGGAGUUGCUUGGGCAGCCCCAGAUGAACUGGAAGCCAUUGCAUCAGACCCUGCAAAGGAGCAUUCCUUCUUUGUGGAUGAAUUUGACAACCUCUACCGCUAUGUUAAUCAGCUCAUCCAAAACAUUUGCACAGAGUUUAAUUCCCAGCCACGGAACUGAUGGACUCAAGCAAGGCAGGGCCCUUGGGUGCUGUGCUAAAGGCAUGCCAAGUGCCACAGAAAUAAUACCAGUCCAAGAAACACUGCAGGUGUUUCCCUCUGGGACUUUCCAGUCAGCAAGGUUGAUUGUGGCUCUGUCCCUAUGCAAGAUAGUGCUCUGUAGACUGGGGUUUUUUGUUGUUGUGGGUUUUUUUUUGUUGUGUGGGUUUUUUUUUUUUCUUGUGGGCAUCAAAAACUCUGAUUUACAUGGAUAGCAGAAAAGGCAGUGAACAUGGAGGAAAUACCUGCAGCUGUUUGAAGAGCUGCUUCCAGCACAGAACCCCAGCAUGCCCAAUUCUCAUCUUUGGACACAUGCAAGUUCCUUAAAACCUGCUCCCUGAAGUGACCAGGUUCCUUCAGGGAGUGGCCAAGCUGCUGUGGUAGAAACACCUCAUGUGGCACUGCCCACCAGAUGACACACACAGAUCAGGGCUCAAAUACCAGAUGGAGGGGGAAAACAAUUUGAGUACUUUCUUAAAAGCAGGUACUCUCUCCAUACUGCUGUCUUGUCAGUAAGUUAAGCUUCAGCUCGUGUCAACUCAAGCACUGGGAUUUAUCCAAACCCUGAGAAACUGGAAAGCAAAAGAAAGGUUCAAACCCAAGCCCCUACAACUCUUUGCCUCCUUUACAACUCUACAACCCCAAUAAAGCCUCAAAUCCACAAGGCAACCAACAUGCAGGAACUGGAAUAUAGUCUCCCACAACUCUGCAUUAAUUACUUGAUCCUGAGAAGUGUCUUUCCCUCUCAGCUUCAUCUUUCACUCUUGGGUGGUUCAAGGCCUGCAGGACCAAAGAAGUGUUGCCAGGACACAGGAGACUCUUUGAGAAAAACUGUGGGUUUAAGCUGCUCACAGUCACCAAAGCAUUUAAGAUCCAUCACUCUGUCAUUAAACCAACACUCAGAAGUGCAGUCUCUAGGUCAGGAGAGCUAUUCAAGAGCCAUUAACAGGAUUUAAGAGGGAAUUAUCUGAAGUUCUGUAUUAUACACUGGGAAAAGCAGAAUUUCAAGCAUUUACAGAUACUUUCCCUCAAAUUUAGGACUGACUAUUCUUUUAUGGACUGAUUUUGAAAUGUACCUAUUACAGCCCUGUAUCUGUCAGAACACACAGUGGUUUCUUAAGUGGAGAACUACCCAUUUAAGACCCAGCAGUUGCUGGUUAGGUUCCAUCCAGUAUCAUUAAAGAAAAUACAUUCAUUAAGCAAAGUUACCAAAGGAGCAAAUAAAAACAUGAGUGUUCACACUCCUUACAGCAAUCAAAGCCAUGCUGUGCCAGGCUUGUGGAACUAACAGGAAAUGGUAAGAAAAUGGAAACUCAGAUUUGCCAUAUUACUUGCAAAUCAGGUUCUUAACAGCACUUAUAGUUUUAAAAACCAUGAGCCAAGAUAUUAGCCACAUAAAUUCUAAUUGAAUUGCCAUACGGGAAACUCAUUGUAUGAGCAAAAGUAGCACAAUUUUUAAAAUCAUUAUGUUUGGAAAUAUGACUGAAGUGGCUUAUAACCUGUCAGUAAGUAAGCAUAACGCAAUAAUGAAAACAGCAGAUUCUGUGUGAUCCCCCUGGUGGGGUAACAUGUCAGGCUGGGGUCCUCUCAAGAGGUCAUUAAAAUCAAUUUUGGAUGAAACAAUGGUCUUACACAGUGAAAGUUCAUCACUUCCCCUUGGAAGAAACAUCAAGUUCCAGCUUUAAUUGAUUAUCAUCAACCAUUCUACCCAGACUGAAAGCACAGGACACUGUCAGCUUCCACAAAUGUAUUUGUAUGCAGAGUUUUUACCACUAAUCUCUGCUGCUGCACGUCACAGCAUUAGCUUUUGGCUUGAAAAAAUUAUUAAGGAUAGAGAGUUAGGCAUGAGGCAUGAGCAGAGCAACUCCAGAUAUCCCACAUCUCCUGGUCCAGCUCCUCACUACCCUUCUGCUGAACACAUCUUUCUCUGUCAACAUAGACAUUACAUUUUGGACAACACUCAAACCCAUAAACUGAUUUUACUGGGGACUUCAGUUCAGACACCAGAUUUAUUGCCUGAAAACCUGUUUGUUUGGGACUUGAUUUGGGGCUGUCAAGAAAAAGGCCUAAAUCCUAACUUACAGCUACUCCUAAUACUGUGGUUUAAUUUUUAAUGCAGCAGCCACCACCACAUAUUGUUCUCCAUACUGAAUGUACUCUUGCAGCACCAAAGAUUGGUACCCUGCAGAGACUCCCCAAUGCUUCACUUGUGCUCUGCCAAAAGCACAGCAGUGGUGGUCAAGACUUUAGGAACAGCUAGAGCACACAUGUUCUUUAGGAUGUACAUAAGGGAUAUAAGCAUAUGGGACAUAAUUUUUUCCUCAAGUUUAAAAUUUAAGCAAUGACAUUAAGCUUUCAAAUGCUUUUUACAGGAAAGUUGCACAGCUAUCUUUUGCCAAGCAUUUAUAAAAGGGCACUUCAGGGCUUGUUGUUCAAAUGGUUUGUCUUAAGUUUACAGAACAACUAUGGUGCUUGUUUUACAAUGUGCAUUUUUAUUUACUUCUCAAGAUGAUCCUGAAAUUGUCAAAACUCUGUGAAAGUGGUUUAAUUAAACUCUCGUCAAAACUUAGAUGUCCUAUUCAUAAGCACCAUAAACUUAAGUGGAAGCCUCAAAAUUUUGAAUACACCCUUCCAUGUAAUCACAGAACACACUCCUCUUCACCUUUACCUUUCAUAGCAGUGAAAGCACUUACUGCCUACUAAAGUCUCUAAAUACUGUUUUAUUAAUAAAACAAGCUAACUUACAAAUAUAUAUAAAUGUUCAAAGGGGUAUAUUUGUUGAAGAAUGCAGAACUCCUUCUGUAACAUAUACAAGCUAUUUUGAGUUUAUCAACAUAAGUUGCUAUAUCUUUUGCAUUAAAAUUGUCUUAAAGUACAUGCAGUGCAUGUCAUCUCAUAUAGGGUUAAAAAAUAAACAGCAAAUAUAGCCCAUGACAUUUUUGUUUCUGAAACGCAGCUGUAUUACUACA